GGAGGGCUCGCUGGGCGAGGGCAGCGAGCUGGGCUCGGCUAGCGGCGGCAGCGGCUCCGGGGGCUCGAGCAGCCAAGGCGCCUCGGCCACGGUCGCUUUCAUGGACAUCAAGUCGGCGGCGAAGGCCCACGCCACCGAGCACACCCUCGACGAGAGGGCCCUCACCACCCAGUACUACGAGCCCCAACACAUUCAACCCAGGUUUCCCUCUCACGGGAGGGACAGGGAGCGCGAGCGCGAAAGGGAGCGCGAGCGGGAGCGCGAGAGGAGCUUCGAGUCGUCUGUGACGGUGGGCAACUCGAGCGGGCGCUUCGCCCGCUACGAGACCCCCCCGCGCGCCCGGACCUCGAGCUACAGCCGGAGCGCCGGAGCCGGCACCCCCGGGGCCAGUCCCGGCCACCCCGGCCCCAUAUCCCGGGCCGCCCGGCGCUCCUACCAGGCCGACCCCUACUACGAGCCCGACUACCCCGAGCCCCAGCUCACCAGCCGGCGCUUCCGCAGCUACGACGAGUUCAGCCAGGGCAGCGCGGCCAGCCACGACGACUACGAGCCCGGUGGCGGUGGGGUCGUCCUGGUCGGGAGUGGGGCCAGUGGCAAUGGGCCUAGUGACAAGCUCCUCGACGACGAGCUCGGGCCCCCGGGUCUUGGGCUGUCCAUCGGUCGCAGGCACGCCAUCCCGGUGGCCGGUGCGGGUGGACCCGGUGGGGUGGUUGUCGUCGUCGGGGUCGAUGGGCCGCCGCCUCCGUUGCUCCCGCCCCCACCCGACAUCCGGCACCUGCAGAAGGAGCGGGUCCACCUGCUGGAGCAGCUCGAGGAGUGCCACAGCAGUGGGGACGAGCAGAUGGGCUUUGCGCCCAAGAAACGGCAGAAGCUGUGCGAGCCGGCAGCCCUGCUCCUGGCCUCGGCGAACCACAGCCUCGAGGACGACGAGCCGGAGAUCACGUCGCUGCUCGUCACUUCGCACUCGGGUCGCAAGGGCAUCGAGGUGCGCCGGGUCAGCGACGGCAAGUCCUCCCAUCACGGCUCUAGGCGGUCCAGCUGCGAGACAAGGGUCUCGUUGCCCUGCAAGCGCCGUCGCGACGGCAGCUCCAGGCAUCACGAACACCACGAGGGCUCUCGGCCAGGCACGCCGCUCGUCGACGAGCGCCCGGAGAACAUCAUGCCCAGCGAGCCCCGAAGGUUUCGCGAGCGCAGCCAAGACGGUCCCCUUUCGCUGCCUCUGCCCAGGUUCGCCACCCAAUUGUUGAACAGCGGCAGCGGCAGCAGCGGGAUCAGCAGCGGCAGCAGCACCAGCUCCCGGGGCGGCAGCACCCCCAGCUCCGGCCUCGGGAAAAUCGGCUCGCCCCCGUGCAUCGAGCGACUGCAGCCCGCGUCGGCCAGCGCCAUCCCGGCCCCGGCUUCGCCACCACCGCGGCAAGCCAGUCUCAGUCCCACGAGCUCCGACAGCGACACGGCGCCCCAGUCGCCCAGCCUCGAGGAGCGCAUCCGCUCGUUGGACGAGAAGUACGAAAAGUGGUCGGGCUCGCGAGCCAUCGGCGUCCUCCAAGUGGCUAGCGACGCGCUCUCCGGGAAGCGCGACGUGUCGAGCAACAGCGUUGCCAGUUGCAGCAGCUCCAACAACGUGGCCGCCAGCUCUGUCACCAGCAGUAGCACCACCAGCACCACGAGCACCGGCAACAGCAGCAGCAACAACAACAACGGUAACAGCAGCAGCGAGCGGUUUCGUUUUCGGCACAAGCUUCUCGAUCUCGACCUGCACGAGGUUCAGCCCUCGGACAUCGUCAAGUCCGUCCUGGCCAAGCGCAGCGUCUUCGACGAGGACUCGAAGCGCCUCGAGAACCUCAACGAGAAGUACGAGCCCAAGGAGUUCACGGGUGUGCUGGGCGUGAGUACGCUCAUCGGUCAAGCGUCGAGUACCACCACCAGUAUCGCCGCCACAACCACCACCACCACCAUCACCACCACCGCCACUACCACCGCGACCUCCUCAACCACCACCACAACCAGCAAGGUCUGCCUGCAGUAUCCGUUUCCUAGUCACCCGCCCGCGGCCGCGGCCGCGGCAGCUGUCGUUUCUUCGUCGUCGUCGUCGUCGACGUCCUCCUCCUCUUCCACGUGUUCAGCAGCGUCGUUGUCGUCCGCGUCCUCGGUGUCGUCGCUGUUGUCCCCAGGGCCGGUGAAUCCAAGCAAGGCCAGCAGCAGCAUCGUCGAGCCUCGCGGCGCGAGUGCCGCGACGACGGCCAGCUGCCACGUGCACCCGAGCCCCACGGCGCCCGUCACUCCCGGGGCCAACGUCAAGACGGUCAGCCCGGAGCUGCCGCCGGUCUCGUUGCCGCUCAGCCUGGCGUGUGCCUCGACGAGUCGCAGCCAAGCCUCGCUGCCCCCGGCCUCGCCGCUCGCGGCCGCGGCACCGCCGACUCAGCCGGCCACGACGGCCGCAACGAGCCCCCUCGAGGUCGCCCAGCGGCAUCGGCCCAGGAAGGAGUCGACCUCGAGGGACCCGCGGGACCCCCGGCCCGUUCACAAGACCAAGGAGCCCACGACGGCGCCCUCUCCUUCGUCAUCGUCGUCGCGAAGAUCGAGAAAGGACGAGGAGCGCGAAGAGCGCGGGCAGCCCGAGGUCUCGGAGUCGGAGGGCAGCAGGGACUCGAGGCACGAGAAGAAGGACAGGGAGGACAAGGAGAGGCGGGAGCGCGAGGAGCGCGAGCGCAAGGAGCGAGAGGAGCGCGACAGGCUCGAGCGCGAGCGACGGGAGCGCGAAGAGCAGGAGAGGAACGAGCUGGAGCAGCAGCAGCAACGAGAACGGGAGAAACGCGAGAGGGAGCGCAAGGAGAAGGACGAGAGGGAGAGGAGAGAGCGCGCGGAAAAGGAGAGACUUGAGAAGGAAAAGCGGGAAAAGGAGGAGCGCGAGAGGCGACGGGAGGAGAAGGAUCGGCUCGAGCGCGAGAGGAAGCGCGAGAGGGACGAGAAGGAAAGGUUGGAGCGAGAGAGGCGGAAGGAAAAGGAGGAGCGCGAGAGGCAGGAGAAGGAAAAGCGCGAGAAGGAGGAGAAGGAGCGCGUUGACAAGGAAAAACACGAGCGCGACAGGAGGCGAGAGCGCGAGGAGGUCGAGAGGCGAGAAAAGGACAAGGCCGACCGCGAGAGGAGGAGGGAGCGCGAGGAAAAGGAGAAGGAGCGAGAAAGGGAGAAGGACAAGGACAGAAGGGAGCGAGAGGAGAGCAGCGGGAAACGUGGACCGACGGAAAAUCACGUUCACCCGCCGGUGGUCAACACUCACCACUCGGCUCCGAUCUCGAGCAAGCGAAGAUGCUCCUUGCAGGACGGGCCUCUCGAGGACGAGGGCAAAGAGUCGAAGCGCGCCAAACUCUCGGAGCACCGUCGGGACAGCAAGGACAAGUCGUCCAAGCAGAGCAGCCGGCGUUCCGAGGAUCGUAAACAUCGCAGCGAAAUUCACCGGUCGAGUCGCGACAGUAGGGACAGCCGAGAGAGCAAAGACUCGAUCUUGACUCAGGACAGCCGAGACAGUAGGGACAGCAGGGAGUCGCAAUCCCACGCUGUCGACUUGCUCCGGGAGUCGAGUCGGGAGGGCAAAGAGAACAACAGGGAAGCGACGAGUAGCAGUAGCAGCAGCAACAGCAGCAGCAAGGACAAACAGCGUAGUAAAAAGAGCCGUUCGGAGAGGUCGACGGACAAGGAGUCGAGGGAGCGAAGCCCUCGAGUUUCCGUGCACGAGCCCGAGAAGGAUUUUCUCUCCAGGCUGGAACUCAAGAGAAGCGACUCGAGCCCGCUCAGCGAAAACUCACCCGUCACCACCUCGCACCAUCCCACCAGAGAAUCGCAACAGCUACAUUCGCAUCAUCAUCAUCAUCAUCACCACCACCACCAACAACAGCAACAGCAACAACAGCAUCUCAAUCAGAAUGCUCACAGUGACUUUGACGAUGCCAUGCUUUCGGGGCACGAGAUUCAUCAGGGACCACGACAUCCUUCGGCUACCGAUACCGACAGUGACGAACCAAAGAAGCAUUCCAUUUUUGACAUUGUCGACGAUGAGCCUGCUUACAUUAGUAUGUACGACAAAGUGAAGGCGCGAUCGACAAAGACCAUGCAAAAGAAGGAAGAGGAAAAACGUCAAGUGAACAAAUUUUCGCAAUUGAAACAAAGUCGGGCGAGACGCGAGGAAAAGAAGCAGAGCACUUCGUGGGACGGAGACUCUGUGAGUAGCAAGGCCUUGACGGAGGACGAAGGUACUUCCGAGUCCGACUCGACGAGAGCAAAGUCAUUGUCCCGCAAAGGCUCGAGAUCUCGUAUACAUUCUGACACCAGCGAAGAGGACGAAUCCUUCAACAACAAAUUGGAUGUAAAAAUAAAAACCGAGCGUUUCUUGGAGAGCGACGUUGAUCAAGGUUUCGCGGAUACGGAGGAGAAGCAUCACAUUCGCGAAUCUCCCAACAUCAAUAAGAGCAUCAUCGUCAACAAUGUUCACAUCAAAGAAGAGCCGAGAACGUCGGAUGACGAUGACAGGAUAUCGAUGCCUUUCCACUUGAACAAGGUAGUGGUGAACAAUCACGAUCGAGACUCCCGUAAAAAGUCGCACAAGAAAAAACAAAAGCGACAAAAGAGCUCGAUAUCGAGCGAGGAUGCCGUCAAGCAGCAAGUCUCUUCUGACUCUUUUGAUUACAAAAGCAAUAUCAAGACGGAGCUCUGCUCGAGCGCAAACUCCAAUCACGUGGACGACGAGGCUUCUCCGAUUUCAAUGUCCAAUCUCAACGCUUCGACCCCGCCCGCUGACAGUGACGAGAGAAAGAAGUCCAAGAGCAAAAAGGACAAGAAGCGCGACAGGAACGCCGAGAAUAAAGUCAAGGCGAGGAGAAAGCGCCUGAACCGACAGGAGGCCAGAGAUAACCAGCGAAUGGAGGAUAUCUUUGGUCCCUUGUCGGAGACCGACGAGCGAGAGGUUGACGAGCCCGCGUCGAACUACGUCAACAACUCACCCGACUCGCCCGUGGAAAACCACCACCACCACAGUCUCCACCGGCAUCACCGACACCACCACGUGGACUUUAAUUCGGACAGCGACGGUGCCAACAGCCCCGUUCGCGAGCACGAAUCGUCCGGACGCAAAUCCGACAAGAAGCGCCGGCAUUACACGCACGACGAAACCAGUCCCGACUCCAUCGAGGCUGGCCGAGAAAUCGAGGCUAAUCUUCUGGCUAGUCUGUCAUCCGGCUCGCCCAAAUCCGCCACCAUGGCGCCCGUUGCCACAUCCGCCGAGUCCAUGAACGAGCACGACGUCUUUCGCUUUACCGACGACAACGACAGCGUCGAGCCCGCCACUCCGAUCAGCACCGCACCCGAGAAGCUCAAGGAGAAAAAGAAGAAGCGCAAAAAGUCCAAGGACGAACGCUCGCGCAAAGAAUCGCACCACCACCAUCACCACCAUCACCAUCACCAUCACCACGAAAAGUCGUCGAGUCUCAGUUUGCCGAGUCUCAGCUCGGACAACUCGCCACCUAGGGCCAGUAGUCCCAUCGUUCAAGCUGCAGCGGCUACGGCGACGCCGGUGGCCAGUACCAUUCAGCCAGCCUCACCGAAGGAGAGUAUGCCUAGUCCGAUAACAAAGGAAGCUACCACUGCCGCCGUGGCACCGUCUGCCGAGCUCGAAGCCACUACAGAAGCCCUCGAGUCCUCGCAGUCGUCCGAAAAGAAAAAAGACAAGCUGAUCCCUGGUUUCGGGCUCGAUAUCGACGAGAGUAUACACGAGAACGCGGUCAAGAGUAUCUCCGAGCCCGACGAGCGUGACACCAGUCUCCAGUCGAUCAACAGCCGAGAGGAGCCGGAGAUACCCGAGGCGUCGACACCGCCAGCGCAGACCGAGGACAAGCCUCGAGUCGUCAUUUCCCAGGAAGAAACUGCAGACGCGGUCGCUGCCCUUCUGGAGGAAACGUUCGGUGAGCCUGAGGACGACUACCCUUACGAGGCUGAAGAGACGAAUGAGCCCGAGGUCGAGAACACCAUGGUUCCGGUGCCGCAGACGCCACCACCAGAGGACGUCGAGGAAACACAACAGGCAGUCGAGAGUCUCAAUGCUUCGACCGAGAGCACGGAAGCCGACCUCAAGCCAGACACGCCACAGAGCGAGCACGACCUGCAAAUUGACACCGACACCGAGGAAGACACCAGCUUUGAGACCUUUGAAUCUAGCCAGCUACCCAAGACACCAGACAUUCCAAACUUUUACAAGUCACCGUCCAAGACCCCAACGCCUGCAGCUGCGUUGUCACCUCCUGCAUCGUCGUCCACUGUUACGACCGCCCCGGCAACAGCUACCGAGGUGCCAGUAAAGUUGUCAGCAGAGUCGUCGUCGGCCUCGUCGAAGUUGCCAGAAAAUCUGGAGCGGCAACCGCCGACCAGUCCACCUGUUUCAGCUGCGCCUCCGCUGUCAAGGCCCCUGCCGAGUUCGAUACAUCCCUGGAGCCUUGCUGAACAAUCAACUCGAGAGCUAACAAAAAUACCUCUACCAAAGUCUGUGGAGCAGCAGUCCAGUGUGAAGGAGCCCGCGAACUGCGAAGCUCAAGCGCCAAGACCAUCUCCGCUUCCGGUGGUGGUACCUGCACCUCCAGUUCCUGGGCCACAAAUGCACGUCUCGGAACCACUGAGUAUGCCAAUUCUCACCGAGACGAGCAAAACUUGCGCGCCGCAGCAGCCUCUCUACCAGAGGCUCCCGGUUUCUCCUCAGAGCCAGAUGUUACCGUCACGGCAGAUCUCAUCGAGGGUCGCGAAUCCCAUAUCAACCGCUAUCGCCGUGUCGAGCGCGGCUGCCUCUCCGACCUCGUCGAGACCGAGUCCCCUCGCGGUGGGUCAGCCUUCGCCCCGGCUGGCUCAGCAACCUCACUCGCCAAACGGCCAGUGGAACCGCGGCUCGGCCCAGACAAGUCCUCUGGCAGCUUGUGCGCCCAAAACCUCGAUUACCACUGCGAACGUCAGAAUACCGGUGAGCGUUCCCAUCUCGGCUCAUCGUCCAGAGCUUCAGCUCCAGCACAUCUACUCGACGGUGAUGAGCCCACAGCAGCAGCAACAACAUCCGGUCAUUCAGCACGCCUCGGGUAUGAGAGCCGUGGCUCCGAACUAUCCGCGCGGGGGCCUGCCUCCUCUGACUUUAAGCAUGCCGCCGUCGAGACAAUACUUGCCGAGCAUGCCGAUGCAGUCGCAACAACAACAACAACAACAGCAUCAACAUCAGCAGCAAUCACAACAGUCCAAGUUGGAUGCGAGCUCGCUGUCCGGGAAAUCCGUCAUCGAAACUCUACUUCCGGCCAACGCGAGCGAGCUCGCGCCUCGAAUGGACGAGCAGCCGAAGCUCUCGACGAGCAUCAUCGCGGCAGAGUCCAGCAUCAAAGUAUCGACCUCACCAAAGGUGCCCUCGCCGAAUCAGCCGCCCACUUACAUCCCGGAAACGGCCAAGGUCGACAUCGGCACGAGCGCUGCCUGCACCGUUUUCGGCAAGACCACCGACGUGACGACCACCCUGUCGCCCAGUCUGCAAAAACGCGAGCUCAGCAGCGCGCAGAUCUUUACGAGUCACUUGGUUACGGCUCCCCCUCCACCUCCUCCCUUGCCGUCGUCGACGCAGUCUUCCACGAUGAGUCCCGUCAUAGUCGCUCACGGCCAGCCUCACCUCGGCCACCCGUCGCUCGUACGCUCGCUCAUGCAGUCCACGACGGCAACGUCGUCAGUCGUUACGCCUUUCGUGAAAAGCCUCAUGUCCUCUGCGUCGCAUUACGCGACGCCGAUCAGUGCUCUGUCCAUGGAUCCUUUGGCCUCCGUCGCUGGAUUAAAGUCACCCUUGAUGUCGUCGCAACAAUCAAUGCUGCUUGCCAAGCCGCACAUACCAGUUGUCUCGGCUGCGCUUCAAGGCAUCGCGUCACCGGCUAACCCGAGCGUCAUCGGUAAAUCAAGAUCUUUGGACAACGACACGAGCUUUUUGUCGGAGAAGUCGCUUCGCGCGAUGGACGAGCUGAUGAGCGUUCACAAACAGAUGCAGUCGGCCCAGUUCACGCAGAUGAAAUCGCCUCAGAGCGUCGAAGUCCGGCACGUCGCUGUUUCUUCCGAGGUCGAGGAGAAAGUCAAGGAGGAAAAACCAUCGGAGCAGCCGAUAAAGUUGGAAACGAGCGUGGACAUGAAAUCGGAAAAAUCAGAGCCCAGCCAGGUGGAACGUGUCGUCGUCAAGUCGGAAGACGAGAAGCUCGAGGAAUCUGCUCGAGUUAAAUCAGAGCUUGACGUAUCUCCCAAGAUCGAAGCACCUUCCAACGAGAUCAAACAAGAGCACGAAGCUCCAAAGGAAGAGGCUGAAGUUGAGGAAGACGCCGAGGAAGAAACAGUCGAAGAAUCACCAAAAGAAAUUGAAACCGCUAAGGAAGAGGCGACCGAUAGCAAAGAAGACAGCGAUUACUGGUCGGCAAAGGAGGUCAACAUCGAGAGCGUGAUCAAGAAGGUCGACGCGCUGUGCGAUGGCGAGAGCAACGACGUCGACGAGGAAGAUCAAGCCGCCGACACUCACGCGGAGUCUCAGACCCACGACACAAGCAAGAGCGAAGGAGACGCGUGGUUUGACUCCGAAUCGGCGGACGAUGAGCACAAAAAGAGCUUCACGAACGUGGACGACCAGGACGAAGGCGUGGAAACGUCCGAGGGCGAAUCGACGAGAGGUAGACGUGGCAGAUCCAAGGCGAAGAGAACAGCCGGUGCACGAGGUGGUGGUGUAACUACCAGACGUGGAGGGCGAAAUGCCGCAGCUGCUGCCGCGGCUGCUUCGUCAUCGGCUACCGUGAGCGCUGGUCCACCGGCGCCGGCACCAGCAUCAUCACCAGUACCAGUUGGUACACCGCCCAAACGUGGAGGUGCCGUUGGUCGGCCAGCUCGUGGUGGCAAGCAGCACUCAGAGAGGCACAAAUUCCCUGCGGACGUUUACGAGUUUCACGAUGACAGCGAGGAGGACAACGCGGGCAGGCCCAGGCUCAUCCUCACGAUCAAGUCGCCGGGACCGAAUGUCACAUCUGGUCCCAACGCUCUGCCGGCCACGCCGGUCGCGGCCGUCAAAGAGGUGCCUCCCGAGGAGUUUGUCUCACCGACAACGAAUACUCGCAAGUCGCGCAGGCUCGCUGAGAAGGACGGCAGUCGAUCGACCAUCGACGACGUCAUCGAGGACGUUGUACGUGGUGCAGCGAACAAAAAUGCGCUCGGUACCGCGCAGUCCUCGGUUACAACGCGCAGAAGCACCAGACAGAACAGCACUAAUCCACGCGCUACGGUCGUCAACCAACAGCAGCAGCAGCAGCAGCAGCAACCCCAGCCACAAACACAGCAGCAGGUACAGCCACAACAGCAACAGCAACUGUCGGUCCCCACGACUGCUGAAACGCGCAAGUCGCCAAGGGCGUCAAGAAAAACAUCGCACCGCAAUUCCGAAAGCACUGAUGACCUCACGGAAGAGAAGACAGUCAAAGACGAACACCAGUUUAAAGAAGAAAAUGAGACACCGAGUCCGGUGCAGUCCCUUUCCGACAAGGCAGAAGAGCCCUGCAAGCCAACGCCGCCAACUACAGAAGCUGGUCAGAAAUCUGCUCCCCUCGAGCCCACUAAUCUUAUUGACCCGGUAACUGGCAUGCUCAUACCUAUGCGUGAGUCCGAGGAAGGCCAGUACAUACCAGUCUCUACAGCUUCUGGUCAGGUUAUUCACAACGCCGUGAGGACAAGUGCAGAUGCCAAAACGAAUUUGACCAUAAGCAGCAGCAGCAGCGUUAAUUCCAGCAGUCACAUGAGUGUUAGCAAUGCCCCGGUGGAGCCUGUUAAGCCAAAGAAGCUGCAUGUGGAAGCGAGUCAGGCAGAAAUAACCAAGGCAGAGGUCGAAGCUCCAGUUAUAGCUGUUACAACUAUUGCUGCAACGUGCAAACCUACAGUUACAACGGUACAGAGCGUCACCACUCCGAUACAUACGACUCCUGCGCCAGCGAUGAUCCAGAGUAACGUCAUUACGAAGCCUCAAUCUCCGGUCAUUCAGACAACUGCAAACGUUGUUGCUCAGACAGCGCCAGCUGCAGUUGUAGCUACAGCUACAACCAACGUACCGUCCACUACAGUAACUAUAGUAUCUAGCAGUGUAGUUUCAACUCCAGCCCUGUCCACCUCUGUCGCAGCAACUUCAAAACCAACCAGUUUCAAGGCUCACGUUCUCAGUGCUGCUAAUAAAAUGGCCAAUCAAGUGUCGCAUCCUAUGAUUGUGACAAAGGCACCUCCAACCAAUAUACCUAGCCAGCCAAUUGUGCAGAACUUGGUGAAACCGCCGAUCCAAGUUGUUCAAGGUUUGCACAUGCACGUGCCUCCGGCGCGAGUCGCUUCCCCAAGUUUGAGUCACGCCAAGCCAGUUCAACCACAACCAGCCGUUGUUAAUGCAGUAAAUGGAAACAACAAACCGCAACCACUCCAAGGACAGCCCAUGUCACCAGUACUAAGCAACACUGGUACUCCACCGAACCCAAAACAACAUCUUCUUCAGGCAGCUAAACAACAACAACAACAACAGCAGCAGCCGCCACACGCUAUCAACAUCAAUGUACAACCACAGCCGAUUUCAAGUCCGCUGACUCCUACUCCGAGAAUUGUGACAACACCUCAACCAGCAACUCUCAAAGGGAUCAACGGUCAGCCUCACGCAACACUUAACCCAAAGGCGCAUCUACUGCAGGCUGUAGUACCUUCCAUCAUUGCUGGUACGGUUGCUAGUCCACCGCUGCAGUCGCACCUUGUCGCACCAGCCGUUGUUACUAGCGUCCAGUGUUCAAGGACAGCUCCUCCGAAACCAUUGGUAACUGGAGCUAUAGAAACACCAAAGGUAGAAGUGUCAAUGUCUGGUUGCAUAAUGGUGCCGGCUCCAAGUCCUCAGAGCAGAAUGGCUCCUCUAACAGCUUAUGAAGCUUCAUUGCAUGUAAGUGCUGGUGCGGCUGUCUCGCCAGGAGGCCAGUAUGGGCUCUUACAUCGGCCCCAGAGUCCCCCAUUACCUCCGCCUGCUCAUCACCACGCUAAUACCCCUCAGGGUGACGUCGUCAACCACUACGCUGGACUUCCACGAGCCGGCGAGUUAGCCGCGCACUACAUGCAUCAUCCACAAGUUCUGCAAUACCAGUAUCUGAGAGCACAACAAGAAGCCCUGACUGCGCCACGAAUACCAUAUCACAUGGCAGCUGCAGCCGCGGUGGCAGGCGCGAGAUCGCCUCUCCUGGGACUCGAACCAAAGCUGGAGCCCCAACAGCUCGAAGAUACACAGAGUCCACCACUGGAGCUAUGCCGGGAUCGCAGAACUCCGCACGAGAGGACGACCGGUAGUCCGCAAGUCGCGCAGGUCUAUAUGCUGGGUCACGGUGCUCCCGGCCGACUACCACCGCCGGGUCAGUACGUGCAGAGGGCCUAUGGGCCGUAUGAGCCACCCGCGCCACCUCCACCGGCUCAUUUGCGUACCCCGUAUCCGCUCGCCUCCAACGAGACCUCGGUUGCCGAGCGCGCGCUCUCACCCGACCGGCACCGCAAACAGCUGGUCAGCUCACCCCCGCACGCUUCGCCGCAGCCGGCGGACUCGUUGCUCCUGCUGUUGCAACGCUACCCGGUCAUGUGGCAAGGUCUGCUCGCGCUCAAGAACGAUCAGGCAGCCGUGCAGAUGCACUUUGUUUUUGGCAACCCGAACGUCGCCCGGGAUAGUUUACCCUGCAACAGCGACGGUUCUACGCCUCCUCUCAGGAUCGCCCAGAGAAUGCGGCUCGAACAGACGCAGGUCGAGGGUGUCGCGAGAAAGAUGCAGAUUGACAACGAGCACUGCAUGCUUCUGGCACUCCCCUGCGGCCGUGACCACUUGGACGUCUUGCAGCAGAGCAAAAAUUUACAAACUGGCUUUAUCACUUACUUGCAACAGAAACAAGCUGCGGGAAUAGUUAACAUUGCUGCACCUGGCUCCCAGCAGCCUUCCUUUGUUGUUCACAUAUUUCCAUCGUGCGACUUUGCCAAUGAAAGCCUGGCUCGUAUAGCUCCCGAUUUGUUGCACAGAGUUGCGGAAAUCGCUCACCUGGUCAUCGUCAUUGCCACAGUUUGAAAGCACUCUGACGUAUUAUUAUGGAUAUUAAAAUUUACUUGUCUGCCUGCAUUGGCGCACGGAUCGUGACCCUCCAAGGAUCUCGAGUUAUUUUGCUUGGGUGCAAAAAAUUAUGCUUAGCGUUACGGCAAAUAUCUUUCUACAUGCGUAAAUUUAUCGUUACUUUAAAAAAUUUGCACGAGUGACAAUCAAAAGAACGAGAAACAAUAAGAGCCACUUCGUUGGAGGCCUGAGGCAAGCAAUGUCGGGGACGCGACUCUACAGCAAAGGAGUUAGCGAGACACGAGUAUUUCGCGUGCCCCUUCUAUUUCGUCUUUUUGCAUUUUAGCUUUCCGCUCGAAAUGCAAAGUCGACCGUUGACAGCGUUUGUGGGAGUGACCGACAGGACCUCUUGGUCCCUCCGACAAGCGGGUCAGGCGCAGCUCCCUAUACGAUUUAUCUCGUGCCCGCCAAUUAUUAUACUUAUACAACAUGAAGCAAAAAUCACAUGUAUGUUUAUAUAGGCGUAACGAAUAAUCAAGGACACUCCCGAACAUAGACAUGUAACUGAUAACGUAUGUAUACAUAUGCACAUAUACAUGUACAAAAAUAAAUAGAGAGAAAGAUUAUAUAAAAAUAACCAGAUAUCUCGAUGUCGCGCGAGACAACAUCGAAACAUGUAAUGAGACGAUAGAUAGUGGACAACUGAACUUACUAGCUAAAGACAUUAGUUCUGCGGUUGAAUAUUGUAAUUACACGUUCCCUGUCCUCGUACACGAACUAUCUCAUAAGUUUUAGGCGUUACGAUGGAGGAGAUUGAAGAAAGAAAAAAAAAUGGACAAUUUAUAAAUUUAAGAGCCACCGAAGGCAUAACUACUGUGAUUUUAAUUAUUUAACGAUAUUCUAUCUGCAUAAAGGAAAAAAAUAAAUUAAAAAUCUAGAUCGCUGCUGUUUCGAGCGAUCCGAGCGCGCGUUAUGUGAUGUGUUAUUGUAUAAUAUUGCUCUAUAUAAAUACCUAUGUAUUAUACUACAAUACAACAAUAGAUUCUGCUGCAGAUAUCAUCGAUGAUGAUGCCGUCGCCGCUACUCCGAAUUUAGAGUAUAAAAAUAAGUAAAAAUAAAAUAAUAAUAAUAAUUUAUCGAAUGGUAAAUUAAAAGCGAGUUAACAAUAAUAUAAAAAAAAAAAAAGUAUGUUGCGUUAAAAAAAGUUCUAGGGGACAAAAAUAAUGAGUAAAAACUACUUCCUAACUAGCGUUUAUCCCUAGUGUCUUGUAAAUUUUUAAUUAUAAAGAUGUAACAUAUUACGGUAAAAAGAGUAAACAAUUAACGCGUAGACACGUACAUAUGUAUAAUAUAAUAAUAUUAAUAAUAAUUAUUAUUAUCAAUUAUCAUUAUAAU